CGAACAACGAAAUACGCCCAACAAAAACCCUUUUAUAAUACAGUAAGCUCACCGCGAUCUCAUCUAAAAACAGUCGAUCCCAAUUUCUUCCUCCUUCUUCUCUGAUCCUUGUCCAGUCUCCAUCCCUCCUUCUUCAGUCUACUCCCAGUUCUCAUCUCAUCGCCCUGAGAGCCAAAUUCUCUUCAGAACGAGCUCAGCAUCGAGGGAUUUGGCCUCCGAAACCCUAAUCUAAGGGCCAUCCAUCAGAUCCGAAUCGAACCGAUCGUUUCCACUUCGGAUCUGGAUCCUGAUCUCCGCAGAUUCGGAUAGUUAGGGUUUCUACCUACUGGAUUCAAGAUUUCCGUCAAAUUUUAGGCGUGAUGCGGUUUCUAUAGUUGUUUUUUUUGGAAGAAUGAGGGGUUUCAGGGCUAAGUGCAGGGUGGGAUCUCUAGUGCUUCUCUUCGUAAUUGUCGGAUUGGCUGCUCUCUAUGGGUUACUGAAGCCGAUCUCGAGUGGAUGCAUCAUGACUUACAUGUAUCCCACUUACAUUCCGAUCUCAACUCCGGCGGAUGUUUCGUCGGAUAAGUAUGGGUUGUUCUUGUAUCAUGAGGGUUGGAAAAAAAUAGAUUUUGCGGAGCAUCUUAAGCAGCUCAGUGGAGUUCCUGUCCUGUUCAUCCCUGGAAAUGGGGGGAGCUACAAGCAGGUGCGUUCUUUGGCUGCUGAGUCUUCAAGGGCAUACCAAGCUGGACCACUAGAGCCAACUUUCUAUGGAGAAGCAACCACUGCACCUGUUGAAGAAGGAAGUAAUUUGUUGCCAGAGGAUUUGGAUGAUUUUGAACACCCUAGCCAGUACACACACAUGCUGGACUGGUUCGCCGUGGACCUUGAGGGGGAACAUUCUGCAAUGGAUGGGCAGAUACUUGAAGAGCACACUGAAUAUGUUGUAUAUGCCAUCCACAGGAUAUUGGAUCAAUAUAAAGAAUCUCAUGAAGCCCGAUUGAAGGAAGGUGCUGAAAAUUCUGGAAGUUUGCCUACUAGUGUUAUCUUGGUGGGUCAUUCUAUGGGUGGCUUGGUGGCAAGAGCUGCAGUGGUCCACCCUCACUUGCGGAAGUCGACUGUUGAAACCAUCUUAACACUCGCAAGCCCCCACCAGUCGCCUCCUGUUGCAUUGCAACCAUCAUUGGGUCAUUACUUUGCAAAAGUAAAUGAUGAGUGGAGAAAGGGUUAUGAGAAAAAAACGUCCCAUGCAGGCCGUAUCUUGGCUAAUCCUACACUGUCUCGUGUAAUUGUUAUUUCAAUAUCUGGCGGCAUUAAUGACUUCCAGGUUCGAUCAAAGUUAGCAUCUUUAGAUGGAAUUGUACCCUCCAGUCAUGGUUUUAUGAUAAGUAGCUCAGGCAUGAAGAACGUAUGGCUUUCAAUGGACCACCAAUCCAUUCUAUGGUGUAAUCAACUAGUUGUACAGGUUUCACAUACUCUUCUUAGUUUGAUAAAUCCUGAAAGUGGGCAUCCUUUCCCAAGCUCAAAAAAAAGGCUCAUUGUUUUUACCAAAAUGCUGCAAAGUGGUAUUCCUCAGAGUUUGAAUUGGAAGAGACAUGUGCAUCCA